GCUCCAGCAGCGCCGAUGCCCGGCUGCCAGGCUGUCCUGGGAGACGUGCCAGCACUGGAGGCGGCCUUUGCCCAAGCACAAACAGCUUCUUCAUUAGCAGAGGGACACUGAGCCAGGCACUCUGGGAGCAGCCUUGGGGAAGGGGAGCUGCCCACAGCCCCUGCGCCCCCGCCCCCCAGGCAACACGCUCCAUCCUCUCCUCCUCUGCUUCCUGGGAGGGCGACUCUUCCAGGCAGGACCGGGGGCCUCCUCCUCCUCACCAGGUGUCUCUCUCCUCUGGCUCUGCACCGCAGACAUGGCAGCACCCAAGGUUGCAGUGGUUGGUGCGGGAGUUAUCGGCCUGUCCACAGCACUGUGCAUCACAGAGACUUGCCCCAGCUGCUCCGUGACGGUCCUUUCAGACCAGUUCAGCCCCAACACAACGAGUGACGUCGCAGCCGGGAUGCUGAUCCCUCACACCUACCCAGGCACACCAAUCCACAUGCAGAAGCAGUGGUUCAAAGAGACCUUCACUUUCCUUUUUGCCAUCAGCAACUCAGCUGAGGCAUCAGAGGCUGGCAUUCACCUGGUCUCCGGGUGGCAGGUCUUUAAAAACGCUCCCAAGGAAGAGUUACCUUUCUGGUCAGAUGUCGUCCUGGGGUUUCGACCGAUGUCUGAAGCAGAACUCCAAAAGUUUCCGCAGUACCGAUUUGGUCAGGCCUUUACGACGCUGAAAUGUGACUGUCCACCCUACCUGCUGUGGCUGGAGAAAAGGUUGAAAGCAACUGGCGUCCAGAUGUACACCAGAAAAGUUGCAGACUUGUGGGAGCUGCACAGUGAAUAUAACAUCGUUGUCAACUGCGCGGGCAUUGGAGCCCACCGGCUGGUCGGGGACAAGAAGCUCUUCCCCAUCAGGGGACAAGUACUCAAGGUUCAUGCUCCUUGGGUGAAAAACUUCAUCCGGGAUGGGGAUGGCUUAACUUACAUCUAUCCGGGGAUACACAGGGUAACCCUAGGGGGAACCAGGGAAAAGGAGAGCUGGAGUCUCGCCCCUGACCCUGGCACUACCAAAGACAUCUUUGACAGAUGCUGCUCCCUUGAGCCCUCACUGUGGGGAGCUCAGGAUAUCAAGGUGAAGGUGGGCCUGAGGCCAUCCAGGCAGUCUGUGAGAUUGCAGAGAGAGGUCUUGAACCAAGGAGGACUUAAGCUCCUGGUGGUCCACAACUAUGGGCACGGGGCAGGUGGCUUUUCAGUGCACAGGGGCACAGCCAAAGAGGCUGCUCACUUGGUGGGAGAGUGCAUUGCUUCCCUGCAAGGCUCUUCAUCUAGGGCCAAGCUUUGAAGCCCAGAGGCUCCUUUUCCAUUUACAACAGGCUAGUGUUGCACCUCCUAGUAGCAGCUUUGGACUUUUAUUCCAUUACUGGUUAGAGGGAACCAUCCUGGAAAGGCAUGAUGUGUUGAUCCAAGUAUUAGUCCAGCUGUCCUUCUUCUCCAUCUGGCAUUGUUUCUGCGCUGGGCAUUUCUCCUAGCCUCAUGUUAAGGAGAAUGCAAGAUAUGUAAAUAUUCUUCACAUGACAGGGAUCAGCUUGCUGCAGUAUAAUAUAAAUAACAUCAAUUUAGCAUUUCUUCAUCUGCGUCUAAAAGGUAUUGCAUGCACUAGGUUCAGAUUCAGUAAAAACUAGUUCUCUCCUCCUAUACCAAAUCUAAUCUAGGAUUGCCCUUGCUCCUGACAUCUUGCUAACAAACUUCACCAUUUUCCAUACAAUUUACAAGGAAAAUAAAACCCCACACAGUGCUGCAUUACAGUGUUCCAGGUCAGCUCUUACAGAAAGUGAUGUCAGGUCACUGUCAUGCACAGUGACCAGGCAAGUGUGAUUUUAAGAGCAGGCCUGUGAUACUGAUCACUGCAUUUCUCGUAUUACACCUCAGGGAACUUAACACAAAGCUUCUGCAAGAGGAGGUUACCCUAUAUGAGCUACAGUUUUAUGCAUCUUUUCUCACACUUGCUUGCAAAUCUCUUUUUUUUUUUUCUCUGAGCCCCCAGAUUUUGCUCUCAGACACAGAUAAUUUUUUCCCCUCAAUAGCAGCACUGACAUGGCCCAUGUUCUCCAGAAGAGUAUUUUUCAGGGUGAGCUUGAGAGUGCAAGCAUCGCUCUUCUACUUUGCAUCAGCACUGGCUUCUCUCCUUGCAACAGCUGAUACAGUGGCAAACCAACAAGGAUCUUAACACCAGCUUCAGUUUCAUAAAAGGGAGAAGAGCCAUUUGAGACUAGAUAAACACUCUGAAGACAAAUUUCUCUGUAGCUGGACAUGAGUGAGCUCCUCUGCCAUAAGGAAGCUGAGCCACCACAGCCCAGACCCUCACUCCAUGGCAGAGACUGAGCUGGGCUUUACACUCCCCUCAGCAAGUCAAGCCCUUUGAUGUAGCUGAGGAUAGUCACUCCCCAAAACUGGAGCUUACUAUCAAAGUACAGGUCUGACUCUUAGUGAUUAAACUGCUCAUUAGAUCUUAAGUGGCUCAUUAAAGAACAUUAGCAUCCACUUUUGUCUCGGUUUUUUGUCCUUACAGUUACAAAACAAAUCAAAACCCUUCAAGAAUUCAUGAUUAAAAUGAACUGAUAAAUAAAGUUCUAAUAAUGGAGCAAA